UUUCGCUCGCACCCGUACGCUGGUCGUUUUCGUAGUCGUUGUCUUCGUCGUCGUCGAAAAAACCUACGACUUGGAUGGAAAUUUUAUGCAUAUCGUGCAGCGAUUAAAACGAAAAACAAUUUUAUUUCAAACAGUGCAUCAGAAAGAGGAAAAUUUCUCGAUCCUUUUGCAAAAAAGUACAUGAAAAUCGCCACAUUUUAAGUGCACGAAAAACGCGAUUGAAAACCCGCAUUAAUUUCGUUUCGUGUGUGUGUGACAUGAAAAAAAUGCGCUGCUGCUGCUGGAAACAAAAAAUGCGCUCGCCAUUUUGACUCGGAACAAUAUCCAAAAAAUUUUUCACUUGCCUAUAAUACAAAAUAUGUACUUUGGAAUAACGAGUCAGCAAAUGCAAGUACCCCCAAAUCUGAAUAGAUUUGUUGUGAAGUGUUGUGCAAAGAAUAAUUAAUACACGUGUUACAAAUUGUGCACCGAAAAAAUACGGAAUAAAAUCGUAGGCCGCGCCACACACAAAUACAUGUGCACUUGCAUACACACAGAUACAUAAAUACACAUACACGUUGCGGCUACGUGAGACUUUUGGCGGCGUCUAAGUGUGCGUUUUUUCCCCCCAAAGAAGCGCAAUCACAACAACAACAAGAGGCACAGCAACAAUAGUAUCAGAAAAAAAGGUAGUCGUAGUAGGUGCCUUUUUGUUACCUGUGCUGGAGUUGAGGGUGCGGGGCACCUUGCAGCAACAACGUCGACGUCAAUACACCUGUCUCGAUAAAAAAUAAAAAGAGAGUAUACAGCAUACUACAGUGGUAUCAAUAACAGGUCGGGACGACUGAAAAUGGCGCAUAACUCCUCGGCCACAAAUCAAACGAGCAGCUCGAUUAAGACAGAAGAAGUCAACUAUUUCUUUCAGGAUGAACACGGACAAAUCGCUAAAAUGUUAAAGCCGGUGCAAGUGAAGCAAAUGCAAAACAUGGAUCAUCCAAAGUCUAGCGUGGUUUUCCCCAGCAGCUCGGCCCGCAAUGGUGGGGGAGGUGGAGGCAACAAUUCUGGCAGUGGUAUUGGUAAUGUGGGUCGCAUGGGCGCCUUCAGUCAGACGCAGAGCACAACGAAUCAGAAUCAGGGACAAUUUAUACGACUACAAGACCGCAGCUAUAUUACAAUUCCAAAAAACGAAAAUGCUUCAUAUGCCACAGCUGUGUCAGCCCAGAAAAGCGGCGCUGCUGGAGGGGGAGGAGACAUGAACGAUGGGAUAAAGAGUGCGAGAUAUGAGAAGUAUACACCAAAUAAUGCCAUGAAAAUGAAAUCGAAACUGCACUCCAUACAGAGCAGUCCCAUGCACACAAUGUCCGCCUCUUCAUCGUCCGUGCAAAGGAAACGAAAGCCAGAUAAGGCGGGCAAAGGUCUGCGUCACUUUUCGAUGAAGGUGUGCGAGAAGGUGCAGGAGAAGGGCAAGACCACCUACAACGAAGUUGCGGAUGAUUUGGUUAACGAGGAACUGAAGAAUUCAUAUGAUACCAACUGUGAUCAAAAGAAUAUCCGGCGUCGUGUCUACGAUGCACUCAACGUACUGAUGGCAAUCAAUGUCAUUUCCAAAGACAAAAAGGAAAUACGUUGGAUUGGCUUGCCUGCCAACUCAGCCGAGCAAUUUCUGGCUCUAGAGGAAGAAAACAAUAGACGCCGCGAAAUCAUCAAGAAAAAACAAGAAACAUUGCGUGAACUCGUUUUGCAGAAUGUGGCGUUCAAGGGUCUUGUGGAGCGAAACAAACGGGCCGAGAGCCAAGGUGUGGUGCCAUCUCCAAAUUCAUCCAUUCAGCUGCCGUUCAUCAUUGUGAAUACGCACAAAUCGACCAAGAUCAAUUGCAGUGUCACCAACGACAAAUCCGAAUACAUAUUUAAGUUCGACAACGCAUUCGAAAUGCACGAUGACAUCGCGGUCUUGAAGCGUAUGGGACUCCCGCUGGGUUUGGAUAAGGGCGAAUGCACGGCAGAGAAUAUUGAACGCAUCAAGGCCUGGGUGCCACCAAAUAUGGGAAAAUAUGUUGAAGCCUACGGGACUGGCAAGGUAAUAGAUCCGCUGUACGAUUCAGAUGGCGAAGACAACGACUACAAUUCGUACCUCGAAUCAAACAAUGAGUCUCAAAGCUUUGUACAAAACUCGCAGCAUACCACCGAUGUCGAAUACAAAUUGGAGUUGGACGAUGAUGAGCUCGAGGAUGACAUCGAUUGAGCUGAUGAUUAUCGUGACGCGGAUGAUGAUGAUGAUGAUGAUGAUGCGGAUGUUGAUUAUGAUGCGGACAUGUCGUGGUCAUGGGCGGCGGGUUCCACUGCGGAUGCUGGGGAUGUCAACAGCGGCUACGCAGAGGAUACAUUUAGUUUCACUUUUAUUAACGCUUUGUUGGGAUUGCCACGCCCAUUCGGUUAGAUUGGCACAUUUCUUUCAUUUGUCGUUUUUUAAACACACACACAAGCAUUACACAGCUUUCGAUUAUGUUUGUUUCUCAAUGAGACUUGAUUAAACUAUAUAUACAUAAGUAUAAAAUAUUUAAUACUAUAUAUAUGCGCAUAUGUAUAUUGCCAUAUAUAUAAGUAUUCUUGGCGUUUGUAUUUUUGAAGUUAAUUUUUAAGCGCAAAACAAUUUAAAUUAAUGUUCUACUUAAGCUACAAAAACAAUUGUAUUUUAGUGAAAAUAUACAAAACAAACAGAAGUCUUCUUUUUUAGUUGUUAACACGAUUGCUCCGUCAACAAAAUGCAAAAGAUGUAAACAAACAAAUGUUCUCUUGAAUGUUGUAAAUGCAGCGUUGCAGCAAACAUUAAGAAUUCUAUUCUGUACUGUACACACCAAAUCUUCAAAAAACAAAUGACAGCAAUAAAGAAUGCAAAUAUUUUUAGAGCGACAAACGCUGCAGUUCAAACUGUAGACGAAAUGCAUAUGAAAUAUGUUAAUUUGCCUAAUAUUAACCACGACUUAAGUUUAAUACUAUAUAUGAAUAAACAAAAAACCCGUUGUUUCACCUUUUCAAAAAUGAAAUGAAAUUCUCAAGAAAUCGUUCAGUUAGAAAAAACAAAUAUAUUUAUAUAAAAAGCUCUAUAUAUAUAUACACAAACAUACAUAUACAUACCUACAAAUAAAUGCAAAAAUAAUCAACCUACCUAUUUAGUAAUAACAACUAUUAAAAUGCAUCGAUAUAAAUUCUAGAAUUUAUAUUUAUAUUAUAUUGAAAUUACUUCAUAUGGAAACAAAGUAAAGAAAAACAAAUUAGUAGAAAGUGACAAAAAUGUACAUUUAAGAGUCGAGCAAGUAGUUGUGUAAUAAAUUUAAAAUACAUAUUUCAUUUUGAAAAUGGGAUUACCGACAAAGAGCAAAUACAAAACGGAUAAAA